AUGUACGAUCGAUUCUCUGUUUCCAAUGAAACAGAGAAAUAUCAACUCUUUCUAGCAGGACCUGCCACGGGAACCGUAGGUGACAGUAUGUUAGACACUGGUUAUCCAAUUUACUAUGAUCUGUCUGGGAUGUACUUCAGUACACCAGACAGGGAUAACGACAGGAAAAAGUAUGGUAACUGUGCUGCUGACUAUAAAGGAGGCUGGUGGUUUAAGGCCUGUCACAUCGCCUUCCUCAACGGUCCCUGGUACCCGGCAUACUGGUGGGCACCUUGGUUGUCUACAUUAAGGAGGGGGACAACUGUGAGGGGGACUCUGAUGUUGAUAAAACGUCACUAG